AUGAACUCAAGUUCAACAAUUGCCAAAAACUUCAUGUACAACCGCCAAAAACUUAAAUUCAACAAACACCACAAAUUUAAGUUCAAGAAACACCACAAACUCAAGUUCAACAAACACAGCAAAUUCAAGUUCAACAAAUGCCACAACUUAGAGUUUAAUGAACACCACAACUUCAAGUUCAACAAACCCCACAAAUUCAAGUUCAACAAAUGCCACAACUUCAAGCUCAACAAACACCACAAACUCAAGUUCAACAAACACCACAAACUCAAGUUCUACAAACGCCACAAACUCAAGUUCAACAAACACAGCAAAUUCAAGUUCAACAAACACAGCAAAUUCAAGUUCAACAAAUGCCACAACUUAGAGUUGAACGAACACCACAACUUCAAGCUUAACAAACACCACAAACUCAAGUUCAGCAAUUCCCACAAACUCAAGUUCAACAAACACCACAAACUCAAGUUCAACAAAUGCCACAAACUCAAGUUCAACAAACACAGCAAAUUCAAGUUCAACAAAUGCCACAACUGA